AUGGCGAAUCCAAUGGAGGCGACUCAAAUGAAGGUGAAAAUGGCGGUGGAUGAAAUGAUCAACGAUUUGGACAAGAAUUAUUUGCGAGACAUGCAGAAGAAUAUGUUUUUGUGCUCAGCAAGAUGUUGUGAAAAUAAGAAUAGUACAAGAGAUGCGGUCGAAGGAUGUGUUGAUAAAUGUAAUGAUGGAAUGAAGAAAGCGCAAAUCAAUUUGGAAAAAGAAUUGGGAGGCCUUCAGGUUAGCAAUAAUAUUCGGGGUUUUCAAACCUGUUGAUAAUGGGGUUCUUUAAUUAUUUAUUGUGGGUAUUGGUUUUUAUUUUGAGCUCGAAAAUGAACUGUGAACGGAAAAUAGAAAAUCUCACAGCGGGAUGCACUUCCUUGAGCUCUAUUUUUCUCCAUCUGCUUCUAAAUUUUUAUCAAUAAUUCAGGAUCAACUUUCACGGUGUGCCAUGACUUGCUACGAUAAAUUGGUUCAAUCAUUCGGCCCGGAUGUCAACAAAUAUUCAGAAUCACAGGUAA